GAAUGAAAGCUAGUUAGAUAAUAAAGCAGCAUUUUCAAUGGCAUCAAAUAGGCAUUGAGAGAAGAAUUGAAAGGACAAAAGGAAAUUUCAUUUUUAGUUGUGGUUGUGAAGGGGCUAUUGGUGGGCAUGGAAGGGCUGGCCAUGCUCGGGCAGCUAAUCGGUCAGCUUCAAGAUCUUUUGCAACUUCACGGCUCUCCUCCGCCGCCUCCUCCUCCGUCUCAUUUUCGCCUUCUUCAUCCGCAUCUUCACCCCGACGACUACCACCGCAGGUGGUGUUUGCACAAUAUAGAUGAUACUCCUGCAGACGAUUACUACAGUCUUGUAAUGGCUGCUGGGAAAUCUGGAAGUUGUAAGAUGUUGGAACCUUUCGAGCCUCCAGGUCCUCCACCAAGCAAGAAAUCACGAAAGGGACGGAACCAAGAGAAAUUACAUGGAAGUACUGCUAUACCUGAGGCCGAGGUUAUGGAACAAGAUAUUUGGAAAGAAUUCCCUGAAGACCUUCUUGAAGCUGUCAUUGCAAGACUUCCCAUAGCCUCAUUCUUCCGCUUUCGCUCAGUUUGCCGUAAAUGGAAUUCCUUGUUGGAGUCGCAAAGUUUCUCUCAGCGUUGUGCUGAAAUCCCGCAAGGCAAUACCUGGUUCUAUGCUUUUACUCAUGACAAUGUGAACUCCGGAACCAUGUAUUAUGACCCUUCCAUGAGGAAAUGGCACCAUCCUGCAUAUAGGCCAACAAAAAUGAUUGCUUUGCCAGUUGCAUCUGCAGGUGGUCUAGUUUGCUUUCUUGAUAUUGGUCAUAGGAAAUUCUAUGUCUGCAACCCUUUGACUCGGUCAUUUAAAGAGUUGCCAACUGGGUCAGUUAAAGUGUGGUCGCGAAUUGCUGUAGGAAUGACUCUGAAUGGAAACUCAACCACUGGAGGCUACAAGGUCAUGUGGGUGGGACGUGAUGGAGAGUAUGAAGUUUAUGACUCAGUGAAGAAUUCAUGGAGUCGGCCAGGAAGCAUGCCCUCAAACAUUAAGGUGCCACUAUCACUUAACUUUCUGUCUCAAGCUGUUUCUGUUGAUAACACACUUUGCUUCAUGCGGUCGGACCCUGAAGGGAUUGUGUCCUACAACAUGGAUACCGGGGUAUGCAAACAAUUUAUUAUUCCAGCCCCAUUACAUCUGAGUGACCACUCGCUUGCAGAGUGUAAGGGCAGGAUCAUGCUCGUUGGAUUGCUGACCAAAAAUGCUGCCACUUGUGCCUGUAUAUGGGAGCUGCAGAAGAUGACGCUCUUGUGGAAGGAGGUUGACAGAAUGCCAAACGUAUGGUGCUUAGAGUUUUACGGGAAGCACGUACGAAUGACUUGCUCGGGCAACGAAGGUUUGCUCAUGUUGCAAAUGAGAUCGAGACAAAUGAACCGAUUAGUUACAUACAAUGUGAUGAGCAGGGAGUGGCUUAAAGUUCCUGGAUCUGUUGUACCACGGGGUAGAAAGCAACAGCGGGUAGCAUGUUGCAUUGCCUUUAACCCCUGCUUGACUGCUACUGCUUGAUUUCCAACCCUUUAUGUUUCAAGGAAACUAUUUCCUAUUUUAAUGUUUCCCGAUUAUCUUCGAUUGCUGCUAACAAGUCCCACCUAAGGCCGGAUUUUCUUUUUGGUUGCAUGGAAAUUGGAAUGGGCUUUUUCUUUAUUUUCUUCUUUUCGUUUGGACAUGUGGGUGAAUAACACGCUUGGUUCUUAA